UGAUUAGUUAUGUCUAAUCAAAAUGGCGAUCCUCCUGUAGGGGACGAAUGCUGUUCACUCGUUAUGUUUUGACCAGUAAAACCUGACAUACAUAUCAAAUCAUCUCUUAAUCAGUAUGUUAUUAAGCAUGGCUUUAAGAAGUGCUCUUAAAUCGACAUCUGUCGUUCUGCGAGAAUGUGGUGUUUUAUCCAGGCUGAAAGGAACCUGUGCGUCUCUCCCAUUUAAACAUGGGGCAUGUACCUCUGUCAUCACAGGGCCUUCAAACAGCAACAAUGAGACUGUAUUGACAGGUAUUGGAAGUUUCACCAUUCAGCCUGUGAGAAACUAUGCCCGUGCCGUAAGAAAGAAGAAGCCAGUGAUGCAAAGUCAGCUGAGUGAUCUGUCUCCAACAAUGCUGAAAAUGGAAUAUGCUGCUGUUCCACUCGCUCAAACAGCUGAUGACCUGGUCAAGAGACUUCUGACACUGGAACUAGCAAGCCACAGUGAGAAGUUGCGAUUGAAAACGGAGCAGCUGAUUGCAAAAGUCCAGAGGGAUGAAGCUGACCGCAGCUCUACAGAAGUCAAGGUGGCCAUUUUGACCUCCAAAAUCCGAAACUACCAGGAGCACCUGCACAAACAUACUAAGGACAAAGCGAACAAGCGACGGAUGCUCAUGGCCAUUGACCGCAGGAAGAAGCUGCUCAAGCACCUGAGGGUGACUCGCUACGACGCCUUUGAACAUGUCUGCCAGCAGCUGGGAAUCACCUACACUUUCCCCCCGGAGUACUACAGACACGCCACCCGACGCUGGCUGGCCAAGAAGGCCCUGUGCAUAAAGGUCUUCAAAGAGGUGCAGAAACAGAAACUGGAGCAAAGGAAGAAAAUGAAGCAGACCCUCGCCCCCAUACUGGCAGAACCAGCCAGGACGACAGCUAUAGGAACCCAAUAAACUACUACAGUAUCGGGGUAUAUUGCAAGGCACGCUCCAAUGUCUGUCUUACUCGAUCCAUUCAGUCUUGCUCUCAAUGGGCGAAUUCGUUUUGCAUGGCCCCAGGUGGGCGGGGUUUGCUCAUUUUCGACCAUUCCAUUUGUCCUAAGGACAAAUCUCCACCCACCCGUGGCACCAGCAAUGCAAAAGAAAUUGUCCCAUGUAUUGCUAUACUGUAAUAAGAAACAUGAAUAACUUAUUGUUUGUAGUACACCAAGUCUUCAUUCUUCCUGUCCUCUCUGCAAGUUGAUGCAUUAUCAACCACAUUUGGUCCAAAUAAACACAGUGAUGCAGAUAUGUGGUUUUGGGGUGGGCAAUGUCUAUUUGUACUCAGCAUAUGUGACCUGAGACAAUCAAAUAAACCCACAAUUAAUCAUUUAAUUUAAUAAAAUGUAUUGUUUGCGAUCCUUUUUUUUUUUAUGCAUGUUUCACCUUUAUCACUUUUAUCACUUAUAGUCACUUGUGUAUGGUGAUGUGUAACUACCCCAAUUGAAAGAGAUAACACUUCUACUUGAUGCUGAUUAAAAUGCUAAUGAAAGAUAUGUGAAAUAAGAACAUUAUGCCCUAUGGUUGAACUGUGGUUGAAACUGAAGUGUAAGAUUAAUCAUAUGAUGACUUCCCUGAACUUAGCUUGCAAUCGUGUUUGCGAAAACUGAAAGAACAUCAGAUAUUGGGUGUUCAUCCACCUCAUAUGUUAAACAGAGGUUAUACUCAUGAUCUGUCACCUGUGAAUUGACCUAUAAACCUAUAAUUCUGAGGAAUGGUGAGGUCAUAAAACAGCUUAACUGUCCUACUGUGAAUUUUGGUGUUUGCAUUACUGUUGAGAGUUGUCUUGAGAAACAUAGGAGUGUGUGAUCAGCGCUUGUUCACAGCUUUAGUAUCACAACUUCCUGUUAAAGUGUAUCGACACAGAUCCGGAGAGGCUCAGAGCUGCAGACAACGUAGGUGAGUGACAUGCUCUUUCCUCUGCUCUCACAUCUGUAGAAAAGCUACAAUAGAGUAACUACUUAAUAAUAAACAACUACCUAAAAUGU